AUGUCAAGUAACACUUCCAGUAUUGAUAUAUCUAUUAAUGACUUCGGUCCAGCCAAGUCCGUGGGAUUUGACUUUACUCCACUAUUCGAAGAUGUAAUCCUGUCACUUGUACCAUCAGUCAUCUUACUUCUCUUACUGCCAAUUCGAAUAUGGAUGCUUCGUGGUCAGCCUCGAAAAGUUAAUUCUAGCCUUUUGCAUAGCAAUAAAUUGCUGUUCUUAGGAGUCUUCACAAUCAUGCAAACUGCUUAUUUAGUUAUGAAUGCCACAACGUCAACAUUGAAGACACGUACAACAAUACCUGCUGCAGCUCUUCUACUUGUAAAUGCCCUCGGCUUAUUUGCUUUAUCACAUAUUGAGCAUAUCCACUCUGUCAGGCCAUCUGCUCUCAUCAAUGUAUGGCUUUUGCUUACGUUGCCUUUCGAUAUGGCGAGGGCAAGGUCACUUUGGUUAGUUCAUGCAAACAAUCCAACUGCUGCAGUAUUUACCAGUGCUCUUGGCGUCAAGAUUAUGGUCAUCAUCGUCGAAGCGGUGGAAAAGCGUCACAUCCUACUUGACAGAUAUCGAAACACAUCACCUGAGACUACUAGUGGUAUUUAUAGCCGCAGCUGCUUUUGGUGGUUGAAUACACUCAUGACCACCGGUUUCCAACGGGUUAUUAAAAACGAAGACUUGUAUCCCAUUGGUGAGGAGAUGAGCUCACAUUACUUGUACUCCCGAGCAAGGAGCACAUGGGAUGCAAGCAAUCAAACCGGAUCUUAUUCUUUGCUUUGGUCAACCUUGAAAGCCACACGUGGAGCAUUUGCUCUCGGGAUUGUACCUCGACUUUGCACAAUUGGUUUCAAAUAUGCACAACCUUUCUUACUAGAAAGAACCGUUGGUUUCGCAAACGACGAAAAUCAACCUGAUAGUAUAGGAUGGAGUUUGACUGGAGCAUUUGGCCUUGUCUUCCUAGGCUUGGCUGUUUUCAAUGGUGCCUAUUACCACAUAGCAUAUCGUUUCAACACGGCUGUACGCGGUUCAUUGAUAAGCUUAAUAUAUGCAAAAACAGUUGAUUUGAGUAUUACUGCUCUUGAUGAAUCGGUUGCCGUCACUUUGAUGGCAAGUGACACAAGCGCAAUUUGUGAAGGCUUCACAAAUAUACACGAGCUUUGGGCUGUUCCUAUAGAACUAGGCAUCGCAAUGUAUUUGCUUUAUCGACAAGUCGGCUUGACAUUCUUGGCUCCUUUCUCCAUUGCUUUGUUGUGCACAGCAGGCAUUCUUCUUAUGGCAAAUUGGAUGGGCAACGCACAAAAGAUUUGGAUCAGAGGUAUCCAAACGCGGAUCGACAUAACUACUUCUAUGUUGGGGUCUAUGAAGGCUGCAAAAAUGUUAGGAUUUACCGACUCUCUCACCACCAUGGUUCAAUCUCUUCGCGUGAAAGAAGUAUACCUUUCUCAAUUAUUCAGAAGGCUUCUCUGUGGUCGUGUUUUCCUAGCAAAUAGCACUGGCAUCGUAGCGCCGCUAGUUACGUUCACGGUGUUUGUGAUUUCAGCCAAUGUUACCGGUCGUACAUUGAGUACCUCGACAGCGUACACAUCGCUAUCUCUCAUUGCCCUCUUGGCAGACCCAAUGAAUACACUGGUGAGGACAAUACCUCAAAUCAACUCUGCUGUUGCUUGUCUUGAAAGAAUCCAAAGUUUCAUGUUAUCGGAUGCACGAAAAGACCACCGUUUGCCAAUGGUAGGAUCUCAAUUAUCAAAUAUCCCUAGCUAUCUGAGCCAAGGAAUCGAACUGAAAGACAUGUCACCUGUACUAAAUCCUUCAGCAAUGAUCAUUGCCCAGAAUGCUAGCUUUGCUUGGAGUCAGGACGCUCUUCCUGUGAUAAAAGACUUCAGCUGUACUCUACCAUGCUCUCAGUCACUUUUCAUCAUUGGUCCGGUAGGCUGCGGAAAGAGUACUCUACUCAAAGGACUACUUGGUGAAACUCCUUCUUCCAAGGGCUUCAUCUAUGCCAAGACCGCUAGAACGGCGUACGUUGAACAAAGUCCAUGGAUUCAGAAUGGGACCAUUCAAGACAAUAUUUUAGGUCCAUCAAACUUUGACUCACCUUGGUAUAAUCAGGUUGUUCGGGCUUGCGCUUUGGAAGAUGACAUCGCGGUCUUGCCUAAUGGAAAUGCUACUCGUGUAGGAAGCGGAGGUAUCUCACUGAGCGGCGGUCAAAAGCAAAGAAUCGCACUUGCAAGAGCCGUGCACGCCAAAAAUGAGUUUAUCAUUCUUGACGACGUAUUUUCUGGGCUUGAUCCAGAAACAGAAGAGCAAGUUUUCAAAAGACUUUUUGGGAAACAAGGACUUUUCCGAGAAAUGGGAACCACUAUUAUUCUUGUCACUCAUGCCGUUCACAGAUUAGCAUAUUCAGAUUACAUCAUCGCAUUGGAUCAAUCCAGCCAGAUCGUCGAGCAGGGUACCUUUGAGUAUUUAAAAACUAGUGGUGGCUAUGUGGAGAAUUUAGAUACUCGGCAUAGAUCAGAGGAACUUGACUCUGGAGAAGUUGAUACAAAGGCGACAACCCAGAAACAAAGUCCAUUCGCAACUCUCGAGAAUGAUGAUCUCAUGAAUGAAGUAGCAGAUUUGAAUCGACAAACUGGUGAUGCUUCAGUAUACCAAUAUUAUUUUGCCUCCAUUGGAUGGGUGCCGAGCGGGAUAUUUUUCCUUCUUGUCUUGAUAUUUGGAGCAGCAUCGAAAUUACCGGAAAUUGCUUUGACUUACUGGACUCGAGCUAUCGCUGUUGAAGGUAAUAAGGCAAACCCAUACUGGCUUGGAAUAUAUGGAAUGCUAUCUGCUAUUUCCUUGAUUGGUUUCGUGGCAGGAAUUUCCCAUUUGAUGUUAUAUAUGAUGCCGAAAAGUGCAAAAGUCCUUCAUCAGAGAUUGUUGGAUUCUGUGAUGGGAGCACCUCUUUCUUUCUUCACCGCCACGGAUACUGGGACGACUACAAAUAGAUUCAGUCAAGACAUGACUAUAAUUGAUGGAGACCUUCCCUAUGCAUUGGUUGAUCUCUCAUUGUCCACUGUGCAAGCAUUAAUGGGAGCUAUUUUAAUGUCUCUAUCCGCGGGGUAUUUUGCGGCAACUAUUCCGGUCAUCGUGCUGCAAAAAUUCUAUCUCAGGACAUCUCGGCAAAUGCGUCUCUUAGACCUCGAAGCAAAAUCCCCUCUGUACUCCCACUUUAUCGAAACCCUUAGUGGUCUAACUACCAUCCGAGCGUUCGGUUGGACCGAAAAGUUUCGCGAGCAAAAUCUUGCAUUUUUAGACACAUCUCAGAAGCCCUAUUACCUCCUAUUCUGUAUUCAACGGUGGCUGGGUCUUGUCCUUGAUCUUCUCGUUACAGCCCUUGCAGUUAUUCUCAUGGUGCUCAUUGUUAAACUCCGCACCGACAUUAGUCCGGGCUAUGUUGGUCUGGCUCUGUUGAACGUAAUGACUUUCAACCAAUCACUUACUCUAAUCAUCAAGGAAUGGGCCCUUAUGGAGACAGCCGUUGGGGCAGUCUCUCGUCUCAAAACUUUCGCAGCAACAACUGUAAGCGAGAACUUACCACCCGAAGUCGAAUCUGUGCCAGAAAAUUGGCCAGCAUUCGGAGCCAUCGAAUUCAAGAAUGUAAAAGCGUCCUACACCUCAACCAACAUCCCGGUCAUUAAUGAUCUCAACCUCUCUAUAAAACCUGGAGAGAGAAUCGGAAUUUGUGGUAGAAGUGGAAGUGGCAAAAGUUCUCUCAUCGCAGCGCUCUUUCGCAUGUUGGAACUUCAUCCCGGAAGUUCAAUCCUUAUUGAUGGUAUAGACAUCAGCACAAUCCCUCGACAAAUAGUACGCGCACGCUUGAAUGCUGUUCCUCAGGAUCCAUUUUUCCUACGCAGCACUAUCCGCACAAAUACCGAUCCGUAUGGUGUUCACACUGACCUUCAAAUCAUCUCCGCGCUAGAGAAAGUACAUCUCUGGUCUCUCAUCUCCUCUAAAGGAGGGUUAGACGCGCAACUCGAUACGGAGUUCUUCUCACACGGUCAGCGGCAGUUAUUUUGUCUAGCGCGAGCCAUUUUAAGAGGUGGAAGAAUUAUCGUGUUGGACGAAGCGACGAGCAGUGUGGAUAGCGAAACGGAUAAAUUGAUGCAGAGGGUUAUUAGGGAGGUUUUUGAAGGGUGUACGAUUGUGGCUGUUGCGCAUCGAUUGGAUACGAUUGCGGACUUUGACCGUAUUGUCUUGCUGGGGAAGGGAGAGGUGGUAGAGAGUGGACGAUUUGGGAAGUUAAUGGAGAUGGAGGGCGCGUUUAGGGAAUUGUAUGAUUCGUGA